CACCAACUCAUGCUUAUCUCUGAUACGGGAGGUUACUUGAAUUAAAAACUUGCAAGAAAUAAGGUCGCGAAUAAGAUGGACGACAUUGUUUUCUCCCGAGAGGGGGGAUCUUCCUUGUCGAGGAGGCGCAAUUUAGGGUAACAGAGCAGCGAUGCCAGAGAUUUUGGGAUUAUAGGGCGGAUGGUGGAGACGCUGGAGAAGGGUCCGUUGCGCGAGAUUGUGGCGCAGCUCACCAGGCAAUGGUUUCUAGAGGCGCUGGAACUUGCCAUGGCUGGCGAUCGCCAGAUGCAACAAUUGAUUGGCAAAAUGUUUUGCACGGGCUAUGGAUGCCACGCCAAUCUCAGCCAAGGAAUAGAAUGGUUGAAGAGAUCGGGCAUGCCCGCCUCCGAGAUAGAGGAGUUCCUCCACUCUCCUUCUGAUGAUGGCGAUGCACUGUGACUUUACUUCCUCUUGUAAAAACUUUCAAAGACCAAUAAGGUUAGGUUUUUAGGUUUGCUGUUGGUGCCGAAUUUUUUUUGAAGUGCCCUGGUGGUGAGAAAGAGAUUAGAUUGUACUCUACUUAGGUAAUUGACUAUCGUAAGCAUUAUAAAGCAUGGGUGAAGCAGUGUAGUGAUGAACUAAAAACGGGCUUG